GCUAUUUGGGGGACUGAUAAAUGACAUCAAGCGAAAGAAACUCUGGUACCUCAGUGACGUCAAGGAUGGGUUUGCCUUACAAACUGUAGCCUCAGUAGUUUUCCUUUAUUUUGCCUGCCUUACACCAAUAAUUACAUUCGGAGGACUUUUAGGAGAAGCAACACAAUUCCGACUGGGUGCCAUAGAAAGCCUGCUGGCUGGAGCUGUGUGUGGUAUAAUUUAUGGAUUAUUCAGUGGCCAACCACUGACUAUUCUUGGCAGUACUGGACCAGUGUUGGUGUUCGAAACAAUACUAUUCGGAUUUUGCAGAGAUCAUGGAUUAGAUUAUUUGCCCUUUAGACUGUGGAUUGGCAUGUGGACGGCUCUUAUAUUGGUGGUGUUGGUUGCUCUGGAUGCUAGUGUCUUGGUCUGCUACAUCACUCGUUUCACAGAAGAAAACUUUGCCACCCUUAUAUCGCUUAUUUUCAUGUAUAAAGCUAUAGAAAAGGUUAGAGACUUUUAUAAAGCAAUAGAAAAG